AUGGAUUUACUUAAUGACAGUGAUUCAGACGUCAGCAAUAACCAAUAUAAUAUGGAUGAGACCACAGCUGAUCAACACUCCUCAUUGGAUAAACUGACAGAUAACCAGUCCUCGAUGACAGUUAAACCCAUGGAUGUCCAAACUUUUGCUUCAGUUCAACCGGAAGAGGCUCUGAUGUCCAACUUGCAGGACAACAGUGAACAGAGCAACAAUAGUAUUGUUGUGUCUAAGGAUGAGACCACAGCUGAUCAACACUCCUUAUUGGAUAAACUGACAGAUAACCAGUCCUCGAUGACAGUUAAACCCAUGGAUGUCCAACCUUUUGCUUCAGUUCAACCGGAAGAGGCUCUGAUGUCCAACUUGCAGGAUAACAGUGAACAGAGCAACAAUAGUAUUGUUGUGUCUAAGGAUGAGACCACCACUGAUCAACACUCCUUAUUGGAUAAACUGACAGAUAACCAGUCCUUGAUGACAGUUAAACCCAUGGAUGUCCAACCUUUUGCUUCAGUUCAACCGGAAGAGGCUCUGAUGUCCAACUUGCAGGAUAACAGUGAACAGAGGGACAAUAGUAUUGUACUGUUCCAAGAGAAGCCCUUAUAUGACCAGCUCUUAGUCUCUGAGCACUACACUAAAAGAUGUAAUGAGCAACAGAGGUUGAUGUGUGGCCCUAUGUUUACUUCUAUACCCACAAGAAGGAGGACUUGUGGAUAAGUGCAUCGAUACGCCAUUCCAUAAUAUCAUCAGAGGUGGUCAAACCAAUAGACCCGCCAGAUGUCUGUUUGAUUGGAACUAGACGAUUUAUGUACAAAUUCAAAGAUCUUUGAACUUCAGGAAUCUGUGCCAGAGAGUGUUCCAAGUUUUAUGUCAAAUAAAAUAUUUGGUUAACGU